GAGGCCUUCCGAUUGCUGGUUGCGUUCAAUCUCGAUCCAUCGCCUCUAGUUACUGCUAUAACGUCUCGUUGUGUAACACUAGCGGACCACAAACAGACCACCAAAGAUGGAUUUGCUCCUUGUCUACCUGCGCUCACAAAUACUACUGCUCCACUGAAUGUAGAGAGGGCUCUCGUGACAAAAUCCGUGGCUGCUUUUUCUGACUACCUCGGUGUUGCAAGUGAUGUGAUUAUGGAAGAGGACCGCAAGAACGAUCUUCUUGAUCUCUACUGGUCCUUGCUGAAGGUUUUACUGACCAAUCUGGACUAUCGUGGUAUCUUAUUUGCUGGCGGCAACCCUCGAACUAAGAAGGACCUCGAUUUACUGGCCUGUCGCACAAUACUUACAGGAACAUCGCUCCAACUUUCACCCAUUCAGCUGCCAUGCUGGCUAAUGCAAUUCCUCUCUAGUAGUCCUUCUGGUCAUGUCAAACCUCUCUUACGCCUCCUUCUCGAUCACAACCGAUUACGAGACGCCUAUCGUCUUGCUUCUGCCAUUCUUUCAACCGCUAUCGGUUCUGAAACCAGUCGUUAUCCAGCUUUAUUAAAAGAGGUUGAUCUGCAGCAAAUUCAGAUGAUGUUGCGCACUACUCCUGAGCUUAUUACUUCCUCAUCAUUACACCUUCCUCACGGCCUUCUUAUCCGUCUCCUGGAAGCGCUUGCUGCUGCUUCACAUAAAUCUCAGACCUACCGCUUUUUGAAUGGGGACGCUGAGAUGGAUCGGGCGCUAAGUUAUCCCAGACUAGAGUAUACAUUUUAUAGCACUUGUCUGGAUAGCAUUCGGCUAAAAUGCAUAGUCAUGUGGAAUCGUGCAAAAUUUGGCAAGAUUCCUUGA